AUGUCGAAUGCAAAAGUGGUCAUCGUCGGUGCUGGAGCGGCAGGGAUCGCCUGCGCGACAAGACUUCUUGCCGCAGGAUUUUCUAAGGUGUUAGUUCUGGAGGCAGAAGAUCACAUCGGUGGACGCGUUCACUCAAUUCCAUUCGGUCGUGCUAAGGUUGAUCUGGGUGCGCAAUGGUGUCACGGUGAAGACGACAAUAUUGUAUACCAAAUGGUAAAGGAUUUAAAUCUACUGGAAACUUCAAGGUGUACCUACAAAGAUAACACUUUUUAUACAUCUGAUGGGGAGGUGGUGGACAGGGAGCUUACUGACAAUUUGUUUGGUUACGCGGCUGAGAUUAUGCGCGACAUUCAGGCUGAUAGUUCAUCUAUUGGGCAUUAUUUUAUCAAAAAUUUUAUCAAGAAAACAAUCGAAAAUUUCGGCUCCAAUGACCAUUGCAAUGAAAUUGCUGUAAUGUUCAUACAUUGGUUCCAUAAAUUAAUUCUUUGUUAUGAUGCUGCGCCAUCUUGGUUUGAUAUUUCUACAAAAGGCUUAAUGAAUUACAAAGAAUGUGAUGGAGAUCCAUUAUUAAACUGGAAAUCAGAGGGUUAUAUGCGAUUCUUCAAAGUUUUAAUGGGAGAAUACGAAAAGAAGUUACUAGAACAUUGUCUUGUCUUAAACAGUCCUGUCAAAACUAUUGUGUGGAAUGAUGGCAACCAUCUUUUGCAAUCAGUCUUGCAUUGUGAAGAUGGUAGCUUCUAUAAUGCUGAUCACAUCGUAAUGACAACAUCUGUUGGUGUAUUAAAGGAAAAACAUAAGAACAUGUUUAUUCCAGAGUUACCUCUAUUUAAAGUCAAUGCCAUAGAAGGGCUUGGUUUCGGUGUGGUUGAUAAGAUUAUGAUAAAGUUCAACCAACAAUGGUGGCAGGAUGAGACUUGUUUCUGUUUCCUAUGGAAGGAAACUGAUAGGAUGAAUGUUUUAAAUCAGUUUCCCAUUGGACCAAUGAAGGAUGGUCGAUCCUGGCUUGAGAAUAUAUUUGGUUUCUUCGUGAUUGAUAGCGAUCCCAACAUACUAUUAGGUUGGUUGUUGGGAGAUUUUGCUAAUGAUGCAGAACAACUUGCUGACAAGCAAAUUCAAGAUGGCUGCAUGUAUUUACUGAACAAGUUUUUGGGCGAUCGUUAUGACAUUCCAGAACCAGAAGAAAUUUUAAUUACUAGAUGGUAUUCCAAUGAAAACUUUCGAGGAUCCUAUUCCUAUCGCAGUGUCGAUGGCGAAAACAGCAAUAUAACUAACAAAGAUUUAGCCGAGCCAAUCAUGAACCAAAAACAAAAGCCGACUAUACAAUUUGCAGGAGAAGCGACACACCCGUAUUACUAUUCUACUGUUCAUGGUGCAGUGGAGACGGGAUAUAGGGAAGCUGAGCGACUUAUUUCAUACUAUCAGAAAAAUGAAGACCCUAUUAACGAAAUUAGCUCUAUAUUGGCAUCCAAGAUUUAGACUGUGAUUAUUGAAUGUUAUUUAUGUGUUAAUAAAAACAUUUAUUUUUCUCUUAAA